AUGGGGCACCCUAUGGCCCCCUUUGUGCUGCUGCUGCUGCUGCUGUGCCCCACAUCCCCCCUGUCCCCUGUGUCCCCAACGCCCCCCGCGUCCCCCUGCUUCACCGUACCGCCGGAAGCCCCCCUGGAGCUGAACCUGACCCGAAGCAUCCCUCACUGCUCCGAGCUGGACUGGAGCCACUUCCAGCGGCAGCGGCGGCUGUGGCUGGACCACAACGGCAUCGAGGCGCUGAGCCCCUCGGCCCGCGUCCAGCCGGGGCUGGAGGAGCUGGAUUUGUCCCACAAUGAGCUGCGGGAGCUGCCGGCCCCGUUCCUGAGCGAGGCACGGGGCUUGCGGAGGCUCCUGCUGCGGCACAACCGCCUUCGGGUCCUGCCCGACGGCUUCUUCACCAACAGCACAGCCCUGGAGAGCCUGUGGCUGGACGGGAACCCCCUGCCCGCCGUGCCCCGCUCCGCCUUCCAGCCCCGGCUGCGCUUCCUGGCCCUGCCGUGCGGCUGCGAUGUGGUGGGCAGCGUCCUGGAGCCCUGCGCCUGCUCCCCCUCCGCCUGCCGCUGCCUCUGCCUGGACCCCCAGAGCCGCCGCUUCAACGUUACCGACUUCCACGGCUCCCAGUGCCGGGGCCGAGCGGUGCUGGCGGCCGGAGCGGCCGCGGCUGUCGUGGCCCUGGCGCUGGCGGUGGCCGCCGUGGUUUGGUACCGGAGGAGAGCGGCGGCCGCCGGCGUCGGGGGGGCAAAGCGGGAGGCGAUGGCAGCGCACGGGCAGCCCCGGUACCUCAGCAGGGCCGAUGGCACCGACGGCAGCGCCGAUGGCACCGCCGAUGGCACCGACCCGGAGUACGAGAACGUGUUCAUGAGCUCCUGCAGAGCCACAGGCAUCGGGCAGGGAUGGACACCGGGAUGGCAGCGGCACAGCCCGCAGGUCCCGGUGCUUGACGAGUGUUCCCUACGGAGCGAGGACGUCGGGGACCAGCCCAUCUAUGCCAACACACAGAGCCCCGGCCAGGACAGCAUCUACAUCACCCCGGACCAGUGA